AUGGACGUGAGCAGCUGUCUGAAGAUGAGCUCUCUGACCACCCAGAGUCUCUUCAGCUAUGUGGAGGAGGAAAACCUUUCGGCCAUCAAAGCUCAUCUGGACAAGUACAGAGAGGUGGACACCAGAAGUGAAAACGGCCAGACUGCUCUCAUGCUGGCCUCAGAGCAGGGCAGUCUACAGAUCGUGCAGGAGCUCAUCCGGAGGGGAGCAAAUGUCAACUUGGAUGAUAUUGAUUGCUGGACAGCACUGAUUUCAGCUGCUAAAGAGGGACACACUGAAGUGGUGAAGGAACUCCUGGAGAACAAUGCCAACGUGGAGCAUCGCGACAUGGGGGGCUGGAGCGCGCUCAUGUGGGCCGCUUAUAAGGGUCGUGUGGAGGUGGCACAUCUACUGCUGGAGAAGGGAGCAAACCCGAACAUCACUGGACAGUACAGUGUUUACCCCAUCAUAUGGGCGGCAGGAAGAGGCCAUGCAGAGAUCGUUCAACUGCUGCUUCAGCAUGGAGCCAAAGUCAACUGCUCUGACAAGUAUGGCACCACACCCUUGAUCUGGGCAGCCAGGAAGGGCCAUUAUGACUGUGUGAUGCAUCUACUGGAGAACGGGGCCAAUGUGGACCAGGAGGGAGCGAACUCGAUGACUGCGCUCAUAGUGGCCGUGCGAGGUGGUUUCCCUGAGGUGGUGAAGGAGCUGCUGAAGAGAAACCCCAACAUGAACAUGACUGAUAAAGACGGAAACACUGCGCUGAUGAUCGCUGCCAUAGAGGGCUACACUGAGAUUGUCCAAGACCUGCUGGACGCGGGCACAUACGUCAACAUCCCUGAUCGGAGUGGUGAUACUGUGCUUAUCGGAGCCGUCAGAGGAGGUCAUGUGGAGAUCGUCCGAGCUUUGCUUAAUAAAUAUGCUGAUAUUGAUGUCAAAGGCCAGGACAGUAAGACCGCCCUGUACUGGGCUGUGGAGAAAAGCAAUGCAACCAUGGUUCGAGACAUUCUGCAGUGCAACCCUGACACUGAGGCCUACACCAAGGAUGGAGAGACUCCUCUAAUAAAAGCUACCAAGAUGAGAAACAUGGAAAUAGUUGAGCUUCUUUUGGACAAAGGUGCCAAAGUGUCAGCAGUGGACAAGAAAGGUGACACAGCUCUGCAUAUUGCCAUUCGAGGGAGAAGCCGCAAACUGGCCGAGCUGCUCUUGAGGAACCCUAAAGACGGCCGUCUGCUCUACCGGCCCAAUAAAGAGGGAGAGACGCCCUACAACAUCGACUGCACUCAUCAGAAGAGCAUCCUCACCCAGAUAUUUGGAGCCAAGCACCUGUCUCCCUCUGAGUGUGACGGGGACAUGCUGGGUUAUGACCUGUACAGCAGCGCUCUGGCGGACAUCCUGAGUGAGCCCACCAUGCAGCCGCCCAUCUGCGUGGGGCUUUACGCCCAGUGGGGCAGCGGCAAGUCCUUCCUGCUUAAGAAACUGGAGGAUGAGAUGAAGACGUUCGCCGGGCAGCAGGUGGAGCCGUUGUUCCAGUUCUCGUGGUUGGUGGUGGUUUUGACUCUGCUUCUCUGUGGAUCUGUGGCUCUGGUUCUUGGCUUUGCUGUCGACACUAAACUGGCCAUCGCUGUGGCCCUCAGCCUGCUCGCCCUAAUGUACAUCUUCUUUGUGCUGGUGUACUUUGGGGGGAGAAAAGGAGGGGAGGGUUGGAGUUGGGCCUGGGUCCUCAGCACCAGACUGGCCCGCCACAUCGGCUACCUGGAGCUUCUCCUCAAACUCAUGUUCGUCAAUCCCCCCGAGCUUCCAGAGCAGACCACCAAAGCCCUGCCUGUCAGGUUUCUGUUCACGGACUAUAACCGUCUGUCGAGUGUGGGAGGGGAGACGUCCAUGGCUGAAAUGAUAGCUACGCUGUCCGAUGCCUGUGAGAGAGAGUUCGGCUUCUUGGCCACCAGACUUUUUAGGGUCUUCAAGAAUGAUGAAACUCAAGGAAAGAAGUGGAAGAAGACAUGUUGUGUCCCGUCCUUCGUGCUCUUUGUGCUGACGUCGGGCUGUCUGAUCACAGGCAUGACCCUGCUGGCCAUCUUCAAGGUGGACGCGGAGAACCUGACGGUGAACGCGGUUCUGAUCUCCAUGGCCAGUGUGGUGGGUCUGGCCGUGCUGCUGAAAUGUCGGACCUGGUGGCGGGUGACGGACUCUGUUCUGCACUCUCAGAGGAGGAGGCUCCUUAACGCUGCCAACAGCAUGCACAAGCUCAAGAGUGAGGGAUUCAUGAAGGUUUUGAAGUGUGAAGUGGAGCUCAUGGCUAAAAUGGCUAAAACCAUCGAUGGCUUCACUCAGAAUCAGACCCGACUGGCUGUCAUCAUCGAUGGCCUGGAUUCCUGUGAACAAGAUAAAGUGCUACAGAUGCUUGAUACGGUUCGGGUGCUCUUCUCUAAAGGUCCCUUCAUCUCAAUCUUUGCCAGUGACCCUCAUAUCAUCAUCAAGGCCAUAAACCAGAACCUCAACAGUGUGCUACGUGACUCCAACAUCAACGGCCACGACUACAUGCGAAACAUCAUCCACCUGCCCGUGUUCCUCAACAGCCGUGGCCUCAGCACUGCCAAGAGACUCUGCAUUUCCACUCCAGCCACUGCGGAUCAGCUGAGCUCUGAUGCGUGGCAAGAGGACAUGGACAGGAAGUUGUCUCAGAACAGUCUCGGCGAGCAGGGCAGGCUGGGCAGCAAAACAGCGCUGAACCGCCGGGACACGUACCGCAGGAGACAGAUGCAGCGCUCCGUCACGCGCCAGAUGUCCUUCGACCUGACCAAGCUGCUGGUCACCGAAGACUGGUUCAGUGACAUCAGCCCUCAGACGAUGAGGAGACUGCUCAACAUAGUGUCAGUCACAGGUCGCCUACUUAGAGCCAAUCAGAUCAUUUUUAACUGGGACCGACUAGCGUCCUGGAUCAACCUGACGGAGGAGUGGCCGUACCGCACAUCCUGGAUCAUUCUCUUCCUGGAGGAAACUGAUGGAGUCUCAGAUCAGGUCACACUGAGGACCAUCUAUGAGAGGAUUUCUAAAAACAUCCCCACCACUAAAGACGUGGAGCCUCUGUUGGAGAUCGAUGGUGAUAUUCGUAGUUUCGAGGUGUUCCUCUCAUCACACACCCCUGUUCUCACCGCUCGUGAUGUGGAGAUGUUCCUGCCUUGUACCGUCAACCUGGAUCCCAAACUAAGGGAGAUCAUCGCAGAUGUACGAGAUGCACGAGAGCAGAUGCACCUUGGAGGAGUCAGCUAUCCCACACUGCCCCUGCAAGAUGCUUCGGUACGGCCGCACUCCACAUUUGGGCAGCAGUCUUUGGCCUGCUCUCCCACUGGCUCUUUCCCUGGCUCUUUCGCCCCUACUGGAGUGCUGCCGGCUGCUCAACCCCACAGCAGCUACUUUAGUGGGCUUACGGGACCCCAACAUCCCUUCUACAACCGGCCUUACUUCCCUCAUCAUGUUUAUCACCUGCCCCGACAUUACCCUGGCAGCCCCCAUCACGCCCCCUCACGCCCUGCUACUAAACUCUAUAAGGACCCCAGUCUGGGACUAGAUGUAAUCAGAGAGGACUCCAAUGAGGGUCUUCCCUCUCCUACAUCCCCCUCUAUGAUCAAAUCUCAGCCCUUCCGAAUGAAGCAGGGCUCUGGUUCUGUGGUCUCUAGUGGAUCUCAGGUCCUCCUCAGUUCUCUGAGCAUCGAUGGUGUGUGUGAGAAGCUCAGACAUAUCCAGGGCCUGGACUCCAGCAUGCUGGAGCAGUACAUCGGCACCAUCAAAAAGGCCAACGUGAACGGCCGGGUUCUGUCUCAAUGCAACCUUGAUGAGCUCAAGAAGGAAAUGAACAUGAACUUUGGAGACUGGCAUCUCUUCAGGUCCAUGGUUCUAGAGCAGCGUCAUAUGGAGAACCAGCUGCUGCGUGAUGAAUUGGGAGCGUGCAACGAGCAGGGCAGCAGCGUGUUGACUCAACUCGAACCCCACAGACCCUCCGAAGCGCCACAAGACAUGUCCAUCAACCCAGAAAACUUCACGUACAGCCUCAACCUAAGCUUUGAAGAGCUCAGUGGUGUGGGGCUGGAGGAGCCCGCCAGACAACACAAUGCCCACUGGCUGGCCAACACUCACCGAACGCCAAGCAUAUCCAGUCUGAACUCUCAGGAAUCAUCCAACGACAUCUGCAAGCUGACCGACAAGCAGCAAGCUGAGUAUCGCAAUGCUUACCAGGAAUACAUCUCUCACAUGUCCCAGCUGGAGAUAUCUGCUGCUGGACUGGAGAGUCCCGCUCAAGCCCUGUCCGGCCAGUUCCUCACAGCCAGCUCUGAGGAGAAGACUAAGGAAGGUGGGCAAGAUGGGCGCAAACCCUUCCCCAAAAAGAGCUCCAAACCUGCAGACACUAUAGUGGACUUCUCCUCCGUCCCAGACGGUGCUCUUCUAGAUCCCAUUACAGAGGAGGAUGAGAAGUCAGAACAUGGGUCCGCCGCUAAAAUCCCACCCAGACGCAAGACCAAAGGACAGGGACCGUCUUACCACAGCAUACCGAGCGAUGAAGAAGAUUCAGGUGAGGAGGAGACUGACGCCACCCCGCUGCUGAGAGAAGAACCCUGGGCUGCUGAACCAGAUCUAAGCCUCUUAGCUAAAAGGAAGAGCUUUAUCUCAGACAUCAUGUUGGACAAGAAAUCAUCCGAUUCUGGAGUGAGGUCCAGCAGGAGCUCAUCUGACCACUCGCUGCAAGACGAGGAGAACGAAGCAUCUCAGGAAAAGGAGGAGAAAUCCGGUGAGAAGAAAGAAGAGGAGGCCCAUCUGAUCGAGCUGGUUCUUGAGAGUCCAGUUAAGAAGCGAGUCUUACCACACAGGCUGAGUAACCUUCAGGAUGAGGCCUUGGCCCGGAUGUCCAUCUGCUCCGACGCUCCAUCUGACAGCAGUAGCCCUGAGGACAGCUGGCCCACGUCAGCUGUGAGCAACCUCAACUGCUCACCCGACAAUACUGCGCUCAACAACAACAUCAACAACAGCGCCCAGCAGGAGACGCCCGACUCCACCGACUGCCCCUCCAUCAUUAUACGACCAGGAUCCAGCACCGAGACCACCACGCUGCCCAACCAAAACCUGUGUGGAGGCCACCAGAAGAGGGCCAGCGGUCCCGCCACCGACGCUGCUGAGGAGCGAGAGAGUGUCCUGUGAGCCUAACAAGCUUUCUUACUAACUUAGAGUAAAAAAGUCGAACAACUGCAAUGAUUCAGAGAAACUACAUUCAGGCAUCAUUACUGCACAUUUUCUGUGUCGACUCUGUGAUUAGGUUUGUUUUUGUGAUGAACACAAACUAAAAGUGAUCCUUCGCUGCAGUUUCUUAAUCAGUAUUUUUGGCUAGUUUUGCGUAUCGAUUAGUCAAAUAAAAUAUGUUAUAAAAUCAUUUAAGUAUAACAUUUAUAAAACCUCAAAUGAAUGGUUUACACUUAAAAGUGUACACUAAGUACGAUUCAUAAACAUCAGGAAAUCCAUUAGGUAACACAAUAAAAAAAAUACUUUUACAGCUUUGUUCAUUUUUCAAUUUUCAAGUUGCAUAAAUUAACAUUAGCGUUUUAUAAAUGAACAUGAAAUUAUUAUAUAAUAUUAACCUGUGUUUAAAAAAUGUCAAUGUUCGUUUAUUAUACCUAAUGUCCUGAUUAAUGUUAAAAAAAAUUAAGUUUAUUUUAGUGAUACCGAAAAGUGAUACCGUUUUAUCUGAAAACAAGUCUCAUUAUACUACACAUCUUGUUUUAAAGACAGUUUGAUUUUUUUUUUUUUUGCUUGAAAACAAAACCAAAAUAAUAAGAAGAUGCGGUGUAAAAGUGUGAGAACUCUCGUUGUUGCUGUUUUUGGAGUGGUGCUAAAAAAGUAAUAAACGGAGGCUGUGAAGCUGUUCCUAGUUUCUGAUUUGUUUAGUGCAAAUCCUGUUAUUUCAUGCUCUAUUGCUAACAUUAAAGAUCUAGUGUAGGUUGGUUCACAAUAUUCAAAUCCAUCAAGUAGAGUGGGGAUUUAACCACAUAAGAGUUAGUGCUAGUGUUUUUGCUGUGAUCGGUGAUGUGAAAGCUGUUAUUUAUUUGUGAUUGAAUGCCUAGGUUCACUUUCAGGUCAUCCUUGUUGUUUGAAUUUUGCCUUGUAGUGUUUUAGAUGAGUUGAAUCUAUUUGUGAUCAGUGUUAUGUCAAGAAAAAAAAUAAAAAUAAAUAGUGAAGGUUUCUGUAAGACUUCAUUUGUGUGUGUAUGUCAGUAUCUUGAGUGUUUUCUCAAAUAAAUAAACGUAAUUAUUUUCAAAUCUUUUGAGAAGUUCUGAUUUUGUAUUUGAAAUAAUGCAUUAUAUUUGAAAAUUAAAAUCAGACACAUUUAAAGUUAAUCUCUGGUAAAUUUAAGCUUUUUUUGUUCGUGUGUGCCGAUGGAUUGCACGCCAAAGUCAUAACAUUUAAAAACUUGUAUUUUAAAAUCGCUUACAUUUAUGUGUAUUUGAUGAGACUUGCCAACUGUCAAUCAUUUUCCCCACAAAUCAUAAAACUGAAAACGAUCAUUGUUUUUACUGAUGUGAAGUCUGGCUGCCAGCAGGUGGCGCACUCUUCACAUCAACAACACUAAUCGAGAGUUUUGGCUGCGUUUGAGAGUCAACCUUUAAUUUUUAAAUGUACACUUUGCGGAAAUAUGUGAAAUAAAGAAGUGCACAUACCACUAUUAUCUUCUUUUCGUGUAGUUAAAUAGUUUUCCUGAAUUACAUCCCACAAAUUGACUUCCUUCAAAUGUAUGCGUCUCUUACUACACUAUAAAUUAAAUCUAUUUUUAUUUUAUAUUGGUCUUAUAUGCUAACAUUGAAAAUGUAUCAGCUUUAUUGACAAAACUUUAGUCCAGGGGAUUUGGUGUACAGUUCUGAAUAAUUGGCAGACACUGUAAAAAAAAUUGAUGAUUUAAUAAAAUAAAUAAAAAUCACUAUCCAGGUCUGAUUUAUUCUUUUGCGCUCAUUAAUGGGCCGACUGUAAACCUACAGUCAAUUAUUGAAUAAACUGAAUUCCACAAAUCAAAAGCUCAAACGUGGAUUUAACUGCCAUUUCAUCCCCACACAGAUUAUACUAAUGAGAGAACCCGUGGAUACGAUCACAAUUAAUGAUCAAACUUCCAAGAAUUGAGUUUCACCACAAAAGAAGAGAGAAGCAGGUCAAUCGCAAGAAAAACUGAUAGGCUGUAUGAUUUGUGGACAGUUAUAUAUUAAGAAAAAUGAAUGCACUGAAAUGAAUGCAUUUUUUUUUUUUACACAGCCAUAUGGCAAUGUAAAAGAUUGAUUCAGGUUUCAAUCAAUGUGGGUGAAUGUGCAUGUGUGAAGGGUCAGUGACAUGCUUUUGAAUCCUGGAUAUAAAAGACAAGGUCAAUAUACAGAAAAACACCGGCAGACUGACAUUCUUACACACACGCAUAAAAGACCAGCGUCAAAUAAAGCAUUUGAUUUAUUUUGUAUAAAAAAAAAAAAAGGUACGAUUUACAAUAUUACUUUUAUAAAAAGUCUCAGCAUACAGCAUAACACUUUGCAGAUACUGACAGUCCAAUUUCUGCAACUAUACAAGAUAAAACUCUGAGAGAGUUCACAAGGUUUCAUCAUCAUCUCAUUUUCAACGUCCAGUCCUUCGUGUGCCAAAAGAAUUGACAAAAACAGACUUAAACUUUGUACAGUAACUAACCACGUCUUCUCCUAUUCACACGGUCUUCACGGAAAAAAGGUAAGACUUCUUCUCAAUGCAGAGAAAAGGUUCCUUGUGAUCUUUUACAGGUUUCCCUCCUAUUCUCAGGGAAUAUAGUGCUUCUUCCUCUUGAAGAAAGGACCAAAUAAGUCUUUUUAGAAGAUAAAUAAUCAAUGUCCGAACUUAUAGCACAUCACAUGGAUUGUCCUUUUUAGAAGCAAAAAAA